AUGGAGCCCCCCGGCGCCGGCCCGACGCUCAGCUUCUGGGGCCCGGACCCCGUGCCGCUGCCGCCGCGCUUCGCCCGCAUCAAGCGCAACCUCAUCGCCGGCCACGAGGCCGACGUCGAGGCCAGCUGGGCGCGCCUCGUCGACGCCCUGCGCGCAGAGGUCGAGCACAUCGAGGGCCUCGGCCCCCACCUCAUCCCCUCGGUCGAGUUCGCCGACCUCGACGACCCGGCCCAGACGGCGCGCUUCGGCCGCGACCUGCGCCGCUACGGCGUCGGCGUCGUCCGCAAGGCCCUGCCGCGCCCCUUCGCCGACGACGCCGUCCGCGACACCGUCCGCUACCUCGACCACCGCCGUGAGUGCGGCAGUCGGCGUGCGAGCCCCGCGCCCGCAGGCUCUGCCGAUCCCACCAGGGCCGGACCCGGCGCCGGAUCCGGCCCCGGCCUCGGGCCCGACGACGCGGGAGCGGGAGCCGGCCCGGCAGCGACGGCGGCGGCGGCGGCGGCAAGACGCCCGGCACGCCUCCGCGCCCCGCGCCAGGACCCGACCUGCUACGACUGCUUCUGGACGCCCGCCCAGGUCCGGUGCCGCGCGCACCCCAACGUCCUGCGCGCCCAGCGCUUCAUGAUGAGCCUCUGGGACACGGGCGCCGCCGCCGACCGGCUGGCCACACGCCUGCCCAUUGCCUACGCCGACCGCAUCCGCGUCGAGGGCGGCGGCUUCGACGCGUCCAGCGCCGCCAGCCCCGGCGGCGGCGGCGGCUUCUGCAACGGCAGCGGCAGCAGCUCGGCCUGUAUCCAGGUCGCCGCCGCCGCCGCCUGUUCCCCCUCGUCCACGCCCGAGGCCGGACCAUCCUCGUUGCAGCAGCAGCACCUGCUCGCGCGCCAGUCGGCCGACGACUGGAUCACGGCCCUGCAGUCGUCGGCCGGCAUCAUCGCCCAGGUCGACAACGGGUCGCUGGAGCGGUGGGAGCCCGACGGAUACGGCCGCGGCGGCACCUACGACCGCAUCUUCCACGGCCACUGGGAGCACUACGACCCGUGGCAGUGCGCCAGCCGCGUCGGCGCCUCCAUCGACCUCUACAACGGCUACGGCUCGUGCUCCAUCCUGCGCAUGUUCCAGGGCCUGCUGGCCCUCUCCACCACGGAGCCCGGCAUGCUGCGUCUGCUGCCCUCGCCGCGCCUCGCCACCGCCUACUACCUGCUCCGGCCCUUCUUCAGCCCCAGGCGGCCCGCCCCCGGCCACCGCUCCGGCCCGGACUGGGACGCCUACCUGGCCCCGGACAACUGGGAGCUGCAGCGCGACCCGGACACCAUCAUCCACGGCGCCGUCCCCGGCCACGCCCAGCGCGUCACCGAGCGCUGGCACCCGCACCUGCACCUGCGCAGCAGCCUCGUCACCCUGCCCACGCUCCAGCCCGGCGACUACAUCCUGUGGCACCCGGACCUGCCCUACCACUUCUCCAGCAACCCGCGCCCCGGCGGCGGCGGCGGCGACGACGACGCCGUCAGCAUGCUCGUCUACGUGCCCGCCGCCCCGCUGACGCAGACAAACGCCCUCUACCUCGCCCGCCAGCGCAAGGCCUUCCGCCGCGGCCUCCCGGGGCCCGACUUUGACUCGUGCGGCCGCGGCAUUCUCGCCGAGGACCCGGACCUCCGCCCCGGCGAGUCUGACAUGGAUGCCGUUGGCGGCGCUCCCGCCCUGCGUGCCAUGGGGCUCGCCCGCUGGGAGGAGGAUCCCGGUCGCGCCGUCUCGGCCACGGGGCCCGAUGCCGAGGCCGAUAUCGUCCGCCUGGCCAAUCUCAUCCUUUUCCCGGAGUGA